GGCCACCAGGGAGAACAGGCCUCCCUAUUUUCUCAGGGUUGCACAAUGAGGAAUGUGACCUGUGGAUGAGGACAGCCACUGGUCUCCCGUAAGUUACCCUUUGCAGUUUUGUAGGAGAAAUGACCUGCAGGGACUCUCCCUCAGGCACCAGUCCAGCUUUCCUUCUCACCCCAUGACCCCAGCAGGGAUGGCUCAGUAUAAAUACAGCCACGUGUCCCCAGCAGGUCUGCUCCACCGGGUUCAGCACAAUGAAGCUUUUCACAGGCCUCAUUCUCUGCUCCUUGGUGCUGGGAGUCCACAGCCGAUGGUUUUCCUUCCUUGGUGAGGCUUAUGAAGGGGCUAAAGACAUGUGGAGAGCCUACUCUGACAUGAGAGAAGCCAAUUUCAAAAAUUCCGAUAAGUACUUCCACGCCCGGGGCAACUAUGACGCUGCCCAAAGGGGACCUGGGGGCGCCUGGGCUGCCAAAGUGAUCAGCGAUGCCAGAGAGACUAUUCCGAGAGUCACAGACUUUUUUCAGCAUGGAGACAGUGGCCACGGACUGGAGGACUCGAGGGCCGACCAGGCUGCCAAUGAAUGGGGCCGGAGCGGCAAAGACCCCAACCACUUCAGACCUGCUGGCCUGCCCGACAAGUAUUGAGCUGCCUCUCACUCUGCUCAGGAGACGACAAUGGGGCUGUGAGCCCCCAAGGGCAGGGAUGCUGAGCUAGUGAGUUCUCUGUCCACAGAAGCCAGCAGAUCUAAUAAAUGCUUAAGAGAU